GCAUUCCGUGUGGGCAUGGUCCAGUUCGGAAUGGCAGACUUCCGCCUGACGCCUCACAUAGACAACCUGGAGGUCACUAACAGCUUCGCGGUCACCAACUGCUUCUGUUCCCAGUUUUCUCGAGGCGUCUUUGCCAUAUUUGGAUUCUACGAUAAGAAGUCGGUGAACACCAUCACGUCGUUCUGUGAGACACUCCACGUGUCCUUCAUCACGCCCUCCUUCCCCAUCGAGGGCCAAAACCAGUUUGUCCUGCAGAUGAGGCCGGACAUCAAGGGCCCCCUGGUGUCCCUGGUGGAGUACUACAAGUGGGAGAAGUUUGCUUAUCUCUAUGACAGCGACAGAGGGCUGUCCACGCUGCAGGUCAUACUGGACACUGCCGCAGAGAAGAAGUGGGUUGUCACGGCGAUAAAUGUGGGCGAGCUGAAAGACGAGAGGAAAGACGAAGCAUACCGCUCACUCUUCCAGGACCUGGAGAUCCGCAAAGAGCGGCGCAUCAUCCUGGACUGUGAGCAGGACAAGGUCAAAGACAUCCUGGAGCAGGUGAUCACCAUUGGGAGACAUGUCAAAGGAUACCACUACAUUAUUGGCAACCUGGGCUUCUUGGAUGGAGACCUGUCUAAGAUCCAGUAUGGAGGAGCCAAUGUGUCCGGCUUUCAGAUUGUGGACUUUGAUGACCCUGUGGUGGCCAAGUUUGACCAGAGAUGGGAGGCUCUGGAGGAGAAGGAAUACCCAGGAGCAGAUGCACGCAUCCGGUACACAUCAGCUCUGACCUAUGACGCGGUGCAUGUGAUGACUGAGGCCUUCCGCUACCUCUACAAACAGAGGAUUGACAUGAACCGGCGUGGUAACACCGGGGACUGCCUGGCCAACCCGGCGGUGCCCUGGGCCCAGGGCGUGGAGAUCGAGCGUGCACUCAAACAGGUACGAGUGGAUGGACUCACAGGGAAGAUACAGUUUGAUCUGCAUGGCCGAAGAGUCAACUACUCAGUGACCAUCAUGGAGCUGAAGAACAACGGCCCCGUCAAGAUUGGUUAUUGGAACGAGCUUGACAAGAUGGUGGUGACCAAGUCAGACUUGUACCCCAAUGACACCAUGGGGAUGGAGAACAAGACCGUGAUCGUGACCACCAUUCUGGAGGCUCCCUACGUCAUGCUCAAGAAGAACGCAGAGCUCUUCCAGGACAAUGAACGCUACGAGGGUUAUUGUGUUGACUUGGCUGCGGAGAUUGCCAAGCACUGUGGCAUCCGUUACCAACUGCGCAUCGUGGGGGAUGGCAAGUACGGGGCCCGCGACGCAGAGACUAAAAUCUGGAACGGAAUGGUCGGGGAGCUGGUGUAUGGGAAAGCGGACAUUGCUAUAGCUCCUCUGACCAUUACGCUGGUGCGGGAGGAGGUCAUCGACUUCUCUAAGCCCUUCAUGUCCCUGGGCAUCUCCAUCAUGAUCAAGAAGCCCCAGAAGUCCAAACCAGGCGUCUUCUCGUUCCUCGACCCUCUGGCCUACGAGAUCUGGAUGUGCAUAGUAUUCGCCUACAUUGGAGUGAGCGUGGUGCUGUUUCUGGUUUCUCGCUUUAGCCCAUAUGAGUGGACCCUGGAGGAGCCUGAAGAUGGCGCUCUACCCCUCACCACAGAAUCCACCAAUGAGUUUGGCAUCUUCAACUCACUGUGGUUCUCUCUGGGGGCCUUCAUGCGCCAGGGCUGCGACAUCUCACCCAGGUCUCUGUCAGGGCGCAUUGUGGGCGGAGUCUGGUGGUUCUUCACACUCAUCAUCAUUUCAUCGUACACGGCUAACCUGGCAGCCUUCCUCACUGUAGAGAGGAUGGUGUCACCCAUCGAGAGCGCAGAAGACCUGGCCAAGCAGACAGAGAUCGCCUAUGGAACACUGGACUCAGGAUCCACCAAAGAGUUCUUCAGGCGCUCGAAGAUCGCCCUGUUUGAUAAGAUGUGGCAGUACAUGAAGUCUGCAGAGCCCUCUGUGUUUGUGAAGAAGACUUCAGAGGGCGUGCAGCGUGUGAGGAAGUCCAAAGGGAAGUACGCCUACCUGCUGGAGUCCACCAUGAACGAGUACAUCGAGCAGAGGAAGCCUUGUGACACCAUGAAAGUGGGCGGCAACCUGGACUCCAAAGGCUACGGCAUCGCCACGCCCAAGGCAUCGCCAUUAAGAGUGCCAGUAAACCUUGCCGUAUUGAAACUGAAUGAGCAAGGAACCCUAGACAAGAUGAAAAACAAGUGGUGGUACGAUAAAGGCGAGUGUGGCUUCAAGGACUCCACUAAUAAGGAGAAGACCAGCGCCCUGUCCCUCAGUAACGUGGCAGGGGUCUUCUACAUCCUGGUGGGGGGACUAGGGCUGGCCAUGAUGGUGGCUCUGGUGGAGUUCUGUUACAAAAGUCGUGCAGAGGCCAAGAAAAUGAAACACGCUCCCAACUACAGCCUGGUGUCCCCCAGCCACCUGCCCACCUACACCACCUAUAAGGAGGGCUACAACGUGUACGCCAUUGACAGUGUGAAGAUCUAA